AGCUGUUCAGACCAGAAUUCAAUGUGGCGUUUAACCUAGCAAUUGCACGUGCGUUCACGUGCAUUUUAAUACCGGCUUGAAAUAUCUAUUUAUUUGUGAUUAUUUCUUUGCAUAAUAUUCUUUGCAUACAAUUAAUACUAAGCUAAAGUACUUUUAUUUCAAGGAUAUUAAAUACAGUAAUAGUUUUCAUUAAUUACCAUCAUUAAAAUUGUUAAUAUGGUUUGUGUACAAUUUAGAUGCUCUGGCUAAUUUUUUAUAUAAUUAUGCUGAUAUUUUUUUAUUGAUAUUAUUACAUUGUUAUAUGUAAACUAUAUUUGAAAGAAAGAUGAGUUUGUUUGUUAUGAACAGAUUUGAAGGUGAUAGCAAGGAGGAGGUUGAAAAUGAAACAAAUCAUCUUUCUGAAUUGCUGAAAAGGAUUGAAGAGUGUAAAAAACAAAGGGCUGCAGAAAAAAAUAAAUCUACAUUAGAGGUGGGUAAAAACAAUUUAAAAGAGCCUAAGAAAAAGAAAAAGAAACAUCUACAGGAUGCAAAGGAAAUUAGUGAUUCACACAUUAAAGACAAAGAUGAAACCAAUGAAGAAAUCAAUGAACAGACUACAGAAAUGGGUAAAGUAUCGACAAAAAAGAAAAAGAAGAGAAAAUAUAUUGAAACCCAAGAUCAUUCUACAACAGUAGAAGAAACUGAAGAAUUAGAAGAUUUAACAAAUAAAAAGAAGAAUGAUGACAAUGAAAAUAUUACACAGGAGAGAAUAUCUCAGCAAAACAAUUUUACAAUAUUAGGCGCAAAACCUCAAAAAAGGAAACAUGAGGUCAAAAGAGUAUUACCAGAUUUGGAUGAGUUUGAUUCAAUUUUGGACGCUAAACUGAUAGAAAUCUUAAAAGCUAAUGGCUUUGCUAAAUUAUUUCCAGUCCAAUCUAGUGUAAUAAAAUGGUUGCACAAGUGCAACAUAGAUAGAAAAUUGGGAUGGUGGGUGAGAGAUACUUGUGUAUCUGCUCCCACAGGCAGUGGCAAAACCCUGGCCUAUGUGUUGCCAAUUGUGCAGGAAUUGCAAACGCGAUUGGUAUCGAAAAUUCGCUGCCUUGUUGUUCUACCAGUGCAAGAACUGGCUGCACAGGUUCACAAAGUAAUGGUCACCUAUACAUCUCACACAAAUUUAAAAGUCGGUUUACUCUCGGGUGCAUUCUUGUUCGAACAAGAGCAGAGUAGUAUAAUUAAGAAAACCGCAGGAGGAAAGUACUUGUCCACAGUGGAUAUUGUAAUCGCCACUCCUGGGCGCUUAGUAGAUCACAUAUUAAAGACACCUGGAUUUUCCUUGGAUUCUCUGAGGUUUCUCGUUAUUGACGAGGCUGAUCGUGCAACGGAAUGGCUACAGUAUUUACCUGAGCCUCAUUCUCGAGCUCCUAUUUUGACACUUGAAAAUAUGCGUUCAAACAAGAUCGUACCAGCUCAGAAAUUAUUAUUUAGUGCGACUUUGUCGCAAGAUCCUGAGAAGUUGAGUCGGUUGGGUCUUUUCCAGCCAAUAUUAUUCACGAGCGUCGUAGUGACUGACAAAGACACCGACGUGAAUCUGGAUGAGAUCGCGGGCGACUUUGUCGGGCGUUACACGAGUCCAGGAGAACUAAUAGAACUUGCAGUGGAAUGCGCCGCAGAAUACAAACCAAUUGCCCUGUAUCAGCUGUUGACGAGACACGAUACCGUUUCCAAGACUCUCGUUUUCACGAAUUCCGGAAAUACCGCACAUAGACUGGCGCUUUUGAUGCAGUCAAUCUUGUCGGAACGGAAUGUCGCAGUCGGAGAAUUAUCCGCCCAGCUUGCAUCGAAGCAGCGCGAAAGUGUUCUUGGCAAAUUUGCAAGCGGAGAGACGCACGUAUUAAUAAGCUCUGAUGCACUAGCUAGAGGCAUAGACAUUCCGGAUGUACAAUUGGUGGUUUCUUACGACGUCCCGAAGCACAUCGAAGGGUAUAUACAUAGAGCUGGUAGAACCGGGCGGGCAGGAAAACCCGGCACCGCAGUGUCUGUGCUCACGACGAAUCAGGUCGGGAUAUUCAAGCAAAUGUUAAGUGGCGCGCAUAAGACUGUACCAGACAUCGAGCGAAUGCAGCUGGAUGCCACAGCAGGUGCAGUCAACUAUCAGAGUCAUGUUGAGAAAUUAAAGGAGAUUCUUGAGAAAGAGAAGAACGAGAGCUUGAAACGAACGAAAGCCACUAAGCGUGGACGUGUGGCUAAUGUGAGCGAGGCAAAAUGAAAAUGCAAUGUAAUUUUUUUAUCUGAAAAAGAAAAAAAUUUAAAUGUACACAAUAAACUUCUGUACAUGACACUCGCUUAA